GGUGCGGAAUUCACGGACUCUCUGGUCCGCAACCUGCUGCGCCUCAUCCAGAGCAUACGGGUCCCGGCAACGCCAUCCAGGAUCCGAGAUCCCGUGGUGAAGCCCACGAGCGAGAAGGAGAUGCAGAAGGAGCUGUUUUCGGGGCAGUGCAGGCCAGACAAUCUGGCUGCGGCCGCCACUGCCGCCACCUCCAUCGCCUUGGGCACCAUGCUGGAUGAGGAUGAGGUGAAGGUCACCACGGACAUCCUGAGAGAGCUGGAGGCCCUGAUGCCCAGCGCCACAGAGGGCCAGGGCUGGGACCGGGACCUGGACCUGGACUGGGACCCAGGUUGGGACCCAGACAGAGAGCAACACAGAGACAAAGACAGAGACAGAGAAUGCAGGCACAGCCAGCACUCCUGCUCUUGGCGGUCUCCUUCCCGGACCCCGGAGAGGAAGAAAGACAGGUCCGGACAUCGGCCCGGGGGCAGGAGCGAGAGCCCCCCGACAGACCGGAAGGAGCAGAGGCGGCAGCCGCAGCAGCGGCAGCGGCGGCGGUGGCACAACCUAGUCGGGGAGGCCGGGGAGGAGACUUGCACGGGGGAACCAGACAGACCCAGCCAACUGUUGCUCGUCGGCGCCCCCGAGGGGGAGGACGACUGUCUGGAGAGCAAGCGCCCCAUCACAGCCAUCUCGGAUCUCGAGAAGCGGGAGAUCAAGCAGAUGACUGUGGCCAACGUCCUCUCCAAAGAGGAGUUUCCAGACUUUGACCAGGAGACAGGCAUCCUCCUGCAGCUGGACGGCGAGGAAGACGAGGACCUGGAAAUCGAGCUGGUGGACGAGGAGCCCCCGUUCCUGUGGGACCUCAUGAAGGGCAGCAGCGGGGACACGAGCCCCGUUGUCAAGAUGGUGAAGAAGCCAGACGGCUCCCUGUCGCGGGCCGCCAUGAUGCAGAGCGCGCUGGCCCAGGUGCGGCGGGAACUGAAGCAGGCGCUGCAGUGGGAGGCCAACAUGGACUCCAUGCGCACGGGCCUCCACAAGCACUGGGUCGACCCCCUGCCUGAAGCCCAGGGCACGCAGAUCGCGGCCAAGAUGCGAGGGAUUGGGGUGACGCCCAGCCACAUCCCCGAGUGGAAGAGGCGUGCGUUCGGGGGCCACCAG